GUUCAUGUGCCCUGUAUGCUACUUACGUUGAUCCCGCCUAUUUAUAUCUUAACCAAUCGAAUUAUAGCAGUGCUUUCGGGUAGCCAAUAGCGUCAGGCUGAAUUACUGUCGGGGUAGCCAAUGGCGUCCGCCUGAAUUAGUACCGACAUUAACGGCUUCUCGUGCACCAACAAUGUCCGCAGAAGGAGAUUUUUUGAUGCGCUAUCGAGCAGUGUCAAACAAGCUUAAAAAACGUUUUCUUCGGAAGCCUAACGUCGCUGAAGCAAGUGAACAAUUUGGUCAGUUAGCUAAAGAGCUGAAACAGCAGGACUGUCUUCAGUAUGCAGCCUUCUGUAAUCUGGCUAUGGCUCGGUGUGAACAGACACUUUUCAAUGCCCCAGGGGAGGCGUUAGCUCUCACUGAUGCUGCCAGACUAUUCCUAGCCUCAGAGCAGGAGAACCGGGCACUGCAAGCCCCAGGCUUUGAUGAGCACCUGCAGGCCGCCCUCAACUGCUACAGCUUUGCCAUUAAGGUCCAUAUUGAGAUGAACCAGCCAGUCAUGGCUGCCAGUCUCUCCCUUGAAAUUGGCAAAGCUCUCAAGGAGAUGAAUAGGCCAGGAGAGGCUAUAGUCCACUUUCAGAGAGCUGCAGAGCUCCAGGCUCAGUCACCAAUCGAGUCCCUCUUGUCUCUGUGGGAGAUGGCCUCCUGCAAAAUACUGACCCGUGAUUAUGACGGCGCAUUGGCUGUGCUUUCAGAAAUGCAGGUCAUGUGUCAGGAGCGAGGGCUGCAGCUCCCUGGCUCAAACACCCCUGCCGGUGCAUUUAUGGACAUAGUAGCAAAAUGUGAGAUCUCCAGAGUACUCCUGCUCAUGCUUCUUGAGCCCCCACCGCAGAAGCUACUGCCAGAACAUGCCCAGACGCUGGAGCGGUAUGCCUGGGAGUCUUUCGACUCGCACAGCCAAGUGAACUUCCUCCCCGAGGAUGUCUUCCUCCUGCUGCAGUCUGUGGUGAUGGCAUGUCAGGAAAAAGACACAGAAUCUCUCAAGUCUCUCCAGACAGAACUAUGGCCUCUUCUCUCUGCAGAGCAGAAUCACCUCCUCCAUCUAGUUGUCCAGGAGAGAAUCACCCCCUCUGGUCAGGGGGUUUAGUUCAGUCCUGCACACCCCCAUGAAAUUUUGCUCAGUGAAACAUUCCUCUUCCAGUUCCUGCUGUAUUAUGUAGGGAUUCUUACAGAAGGUCAGUGGUUGCACAUGUAAGGUUACAUAGCUAUAUGUGACUGGAGAUUGGUUAAAGAACGUUUUGUGAUGCAUUUAAAAUGACAUGUCAAAAAUACUAAUGUAGAGAUGUAGAUUCUUAAAAUGGCUGCCAUGGCAUAUGACCCUUUAUAAUUUGUCCUCCAUUUGGAUUUUAUGGAAAUUAUUAAUUCUGAAUUGUGAAAGUUGAAUAAAGGCUUUUAUUGUUUUAAAUUGUUGUAUUUUGCUGUAAAUAAAGUGAAGAAGUUACUGUGUUAA